AGAGUGGCGAGCUACCAGUGUUGGAAAACUUUCGACAUACACCGUGCGGUUGGAUUUCGUGUUUUGUUCGUUUCAAAGGGCAAUUGCACAAUAAUUUAAGAGUUUUAACAAUAAAAAGCUUUAAAAAACAAUGGCUGCUCAGUUCUUCAAUCGCAUCGGUCAGUUGGGCCUUGGCGUUGCCGUGUUGGGAGGCGUUGUGAAUUCUGCAUUAUAUAAUGUGGAGGGAGGCCAUCGGGCUGUCAUCUUCGAUCGCUUCACCGGCAUCAAGGAGCACGUCGUCGGCGAGGGCACCCACUUCUUCAUCCCAUGGGUGCAGCGACCCAUUAUCUUCGACAUCCGUUCUCAGCCCCGCAACGUGCCGGUGAUUACGGGCAGCAAGGAUCUGCAGAAUGUCAACAUUACGCUGCGUAUCCUCUACCGUCCCAUUCCCGACCAGCUGCCCAAGAUCUACACUAUUCUGGGUCAGGACUACGACGAGCGUGUCCUGCCCUCCAUUGCUCCUGAGGUGCUCAAGGCUGUGGUUGCCCAAUUCGAUGCCGGCGAGCUGAUUACACAGCGUGAGAUGGUUUCUCAGCGUGUGUCUCAGGAGCUGACUGUCCGUGCUAAGCAGUUCGGCUUUAUUCUCGACGACAUCUCACUUACACACUUGACCUUUGGUAGGGAGUUUACGCAAGCCGUCGAAAUGAAGCAGGUGGCCCAGCAGGAGGCCGAGAAGGCCCGCUUCGUCGUGGAGAAGGCAGAGCAACAGAAGCUGGCUUCCAUUAUUUCGGCCGAGGGUGAUGCCGCCGCUGCCGAUCUGUUGGCCAAGUCCUUCGGUGAGGCUGGUGAUGGUCUGGUGGAGCUGCGUCGUAUUGAAGCCGCUGAGGAUAUCGCCUACCAGCUAUCCAGGUCGCGUGGCGUUGCCUACUUGCCCAGUGGCCAGAGCACGCUGCUCAACCUGCCCUCGACCAUCGCACAGUAGAUAGAUACGUGCGCUUAGUUUUGUUAAGUUGUAACUACCUGUAGCAUUUACUAAGUACUUUUCGAUUUUGUUUCUGCUGAAAUAUGCACUACUGUAACGCGUUCGCCCCGACUGACUGGAGAAAAUGAAGCGAAACAACCAAAAUUUGUCUCAUAUAAGUGGUUUUUCCAUUUUCAUACCGACCACGUCGAACCUUGGUCACAAAGUAAGUGCACCCGGGUUGCGGCUCAACUUUUGUUGUUCCCCCUCUGGGUCGUUCGGGUGCACUUCCAGCUGAAUUGGUCCAUAAUAUCAUAUGCAUCUGGCUGCGUAGAUUCCAGUCGACAAUAUAUGCGCAGAAAACAAGAAAAUUUGAUUAUGUGAACAAACAAUAAAUAUUAAAUCCUA